CGUACGUAUAUGCCUUAUCAAUUAGGUGCAAGUUUCGGGUAGCCUCCGUCAUAUCAAUGCAAGCAAAUACCAACGUACUCUCCUUCUACAUUGUCAGGCCGCGCCUCUUAAUACACGCCUCUUUACCCACCUCACUUCAGAUCGUAAGUAAAUCACGACAUAUCUAGUUUUUCUCUUUAAAUGCCUGUCUAUCCUUGGUAUGGAUAUGAGCAUCUUUGCACGCUUUGGCUUCUUGAAACGCGCAGCCUUUGACAACGACGAGGAGCGAGGAUCCUUCCUUAGUCGGCGACAUGGCGCCCUAUCGAAUGAUACGCACCCGACAGUCUGGAUCAAGUGGCUUCUUGUAGUCUCUUGCAGCAUGAACCUGCUUCUAUUCUUUACGACGCAGAGUAGGCAUAGCACGUUAUCGUCACAGGUGCUAUACUCUCCAGCGCAAGAUGCUGUCCGUUAUAAGAUCCAAAAGUUUCACAGAGGAUUUGGAGAAGACAAAACGAUAUACCAAGGGGCGCCUUCCCCGGAAGUGGACGAGGCCUGGAAAGCGCUAUAUGACUCUAUUGGUAUCAUUAGAAUCCCAAGGUCUGAAGCAGAGCGCCUUCCGAACCAGACCUAUCCUUUCAUAGGAGACAGUGGGUAUUAUAUCGCAGAACUUGCAGUGUUUCAUCAGCUUCACUGCCUGAAUGCUAUCCGAAUUGGCCUAGCAAGGGCCUACUACGAGAAGGUUUUCAACCUCAGCGACUUUGACCCCCUUGAAGGCUCCUAUGGGAGGGACCAUUUGAGCCAUUGCUUAGAUGCCCUUCGUGAGGCUGUCAUGUGUGCCUCGGACAUCAGCGUCAUUACUUGGAAGUGGAACAGCAAGGCUCAGAAAUCCCUAGGGCACGGUGAUAUUGUCCACUCUUGUCGCAGCUUUGAGGAUAUACGCGAUUGGUCUGCCAGACACAAAGCCACAUUGAAAUUUGACAACACUGUAUUUGUGGAGAACGACCUCAUGAUCCCCGAAUUCUGA